GGACAGCACGGGUUAUGUCCCUUACAUCAGUACACAGCUGAGGCGGAAUCACGACUCAAAUGAGAAUAUCCCCUCCCCUGAUGAUUCAACCCUGAUUCAGCAGAAGGUAUGGUCCUGUACCUAUGUUUAUUAUAACACUGUUGCUUCUCCCGACAUUCGUGUCGCCUGUGCUGGGUGACAAUGACUGUGUACAGAUCGAUCCCUGUCGAUGUCGGCUAAACAACGGGAGCGAGAUCAAUCUGCAUUUGAUCAAUGGAAGUAAACAACCGCUGUUAGAAAUCAAGUCUGCGGGAGAUGGACAUAUCUACACAUACAGCCCUUGUGCAGGAAUAGCCUGUGGUCAAGGAGUGAACGACGCCGCCAUUUGCAGAAAUGACGAGCUUCGCAAGUCCCCAAACACCACAGGGGAAAUUUCAAAGGCUAAGUUCGAGACUGACGUGAUCAAAACCAACUGGAAACUCAGGUAUUUGACAAGGGACAACAAGACAAACAGUGUGGUUCACCUGACCUGCGCUACGUUUACCAGACUGGACUUGGAGCCUAUGUACAACGCGACCACCUUCCAGUUUGAGUUGUACUCGCCCUGCGCAUGCCCAGACGGAUGUCUGGCGGUGGCUACCGGCCUGAGCACUGGCACCAUACUCCUUCUCAUCUUCUUAACCCUCUUCAUCCUCUAUUUCGGCGUGGGGAGCUUGUACAGAAAGUCGGUGUACGGAGCUGAGGGGAGGGAGAUCGUCCCACACACCUCGUUCUGGUUCUCACUUCCGGGGCUGAUCAAAGAUGGCUACUUGUUUUUCAUCAGCCCAUGUUUGGGGGACCGUGUUGAAUAUCGAUAUUACGAUAAGUUGUGAUCAAAUCAAAACCGUACCAUGUUACACAUUUUAUUUUCCACAGAGCGUGGCAGUACAACACAUGAUAAAGCAUAAUUGAGAUCAAAUCAUUGAGACCACGAUUCCUAAGUUGUUAUUACUUGUUGCUUUUUCCAUAAAAAGGGAUACGAUGGUCUAGCUCACAGGUUCGUGUGACCGCUUCAGCCCGGCUUCUACACAUAACGCCCUUUCUUGAUGUUUGAAGACGUCAGUUGUUGCAAUGUAAAUAGCUGCUUUGCAAAUAGUCAAAUCACUAUGACGUUGUAUACACAUUGCCAUUUAGAAAGUAGUCAAAUGUAACACAUGUUAUUCUUGGGAUUACACUACAAAUUCUAGUACUUUUUGUACUCCAACUACACAAGCCGUUGUUCUUUACCAGGAAGGUGUAAUCCCAGGUUUAGUGUUGUUGCAUUAUGAAGCAAAUAUUUCAUGUUUCUGGGGACGAUCGGUAACCUGGUGGUUAUAGAGUUCGAUCGUUGUGCUGAAGGCCCGGGUUCGAUUCCAAAAAUGGGUGCAAUAUGUGAUGCCAAUCUCUGGUGUUCCCACCCUGAUCUUGCUGGAAUAUUGCUAAAAGCGGUAUAAAACCCAACUCACUUACUCACGGAUUUGUAUUGUUGAAAGAUCUCACAAAUUGUAUCAAGUUAAACUAUUCCAGCAUUUGAAAACAUGACACGCACCUCAGGAUUCGUGUAAAGAUCUGAUGGUAUUUAUUUCUUGCUUUGUGUAUUGAAGCUUCAUGUUAUAUUGUGGCACAAGUUGUGACACCAGGUGCUUACUGCCUUAUUCCUCACCGGUGUCUUGUUCAGUUGUUACAUAAUCAGUCAUUGUUGUUUAAUAUGCUAUACCUGGUUAACGGCAUUCACUGGGUCCCGAAUUCUGGCGAUUUAAGUUGUGAUGGUACCUAUUUUUAGCUCUUCCUAAUCUGUGACCAGAGUAGGACAUCGGGCUAGUGAACCAACAACUCAUCAUCCUGUGAACGUGUUGGUUACCUUUGAAGAAAAUCGUAUGUAUAUUACGAUACAAAUAGGAUAUGUAUAUCCGGCAUGGGCGCGUCACUUUGUUUAAAUCCUGCCCGUCAGUCCUUUCCAUGAACAAUAAAAAAUAUUGAAAAUUCAAAUCAUAUGAAGCACACUCUACCACAACUCAUGCUUGAAACUGACUUUGUAUUAGGCACCCGAGUUUAGUUAUUAUUUUUUGGCCAUUUUCCUUUUUGGGUGGAUGGGGAGAGAACGGGGGUGUUUUGUUUUCCAUAAACAAUUUAAGGAGGUACCUACUGCCAUCCACACGUUUGAGAAUAAUCAUCUUCUCGAGGCAAGAGUGUGCGUUGACCUCUGUCUAAGUUUUCACUUUGAUAUAGCCUCGUGGACACCCUCUUCUCGGGAAAAUGGGAAUAAACGUCCCCGUGACACUUUUAAAGUUUUAUGCUGCAUAAUUAUUAAACGUUGUUAAAUGCCAUGCAGUGCCAUGUCUAAUAUUUCCGAAGACCAUAAUUCCGGAUUAGAAAGCACAAGACAAUUGAGGUUUUACAGUACCAACAGUGGACGAUCUGAGCCAUAACUCUAGUUUGAAGGAUUUUAGCAUAGCGAACAAAGUAGAUAUGUUAGACACAUAGAGAACCUCACCCUAGUGUCUUUUGAUAUUUGAAUCGAUGGAAUUGUAAACUGCGGGCUUUACUCGCCAUAUGUUGAUAUAUUUGAUAUCAAAGGACACGAGGUUGAGAUUUGUUUUUCAUCGAAAAUCAUUCUUCCUACUUUUUAGCAAACAGUAAUAACCAGUGUCGUGAGAGAAAAAAGUAAAGCUAAACAGAUGCAGUCUCAAAGUGAUGUCAUUUAAUUGUGACGUCAUAGUAACCGAUGACGCCACAAUGGUAAAGUAUGCAAUUUAAUUGUAUCGGUAACCAUGAUCUAACACAAACGAGAUAUCUUGUUUGGAAGCGUUUUGGAUAAUGAAUGAGUUUUGUCUGGUGCUUUUGUGCAUAUCGCGUGAAGUACGUGCGCCCUGUCAUGUGCAGACAUGUGCAAAGCGUUUAUAUUCAGGGUUAUAUGGAUUUACAUCUUUAUUUUCCAACAUAUCGGAUGUAUUUAUUGUUUAUGUUGAUGUUCUGUAUUAUUGUUUGAAUAAAUGUUCUCGUCGGAAGGUG